AUGGAUCCCACUCCAGGGAGUGUCACGGGCGCGCAGUGGGUGACAGCAGACCCCAGCACAAAACAAAGGAGUGGCCCAGGGCAUGGAAACUACAUCCCAGCGAACGGUGCCGGAUUCUCCAACAAGCCUUACACAGAACAGAGCCUCCUCUCAGCUACACCGCGCGUUUAUACGAAGGGGAAGGAACAGUCCCUGGGGAUCCCAACCAGCCGUCUGGACGAGGCCCGUGGCCUUUGUGAGCACAGUUCCGACAGGUCCGAGUACCUGGGCGCGGAACAGGUGCCCCGCUCCAAGGAGCUUUCAGCCCGCGCAAGUCCUGCGGAAGAGGCCGGACACGGUCCCCGGGACCGCCCCGCAGGAGGCGUGGCCAACGUCUGCACCGCCCCUCCAGGGCCGCGAGCCUGGCCCUCCCCCGCGGGGGCGGUGCCUCGAGGCUCCCUGGACUCUGCGCGCAGGCCCAGGGCGGCGAAGCGCGCCCGCCCUGAAACCGCCGGUUUCCUUCGCUUCCCGAGAAUGAGUUGGAAGGAUUUUUCACAGAGGGUGAUGGAGUUACAUUGGAACCCCUUGCUGGAUUCUUCAGUGCUCUGGUGUGACGUUGUCCUGGCUGAAGCUGAACCUCUGGCCUUGCUCACAGGGAAAUGGGGAAGGUGUCCUCAAGUCGAAGAAGACAAAAUGCAAGUUUGAAAUUAUUUUAAAGCAAUAAAAACCUAAAUUAUUUAUCAGUUCCACAGUCUAAGUGGACACUGCUCUCAAGGCAGUAUGACAUUUGGAAACAGCAUGAACUGCCACUUACUAGCUGCCUCAUCACGGGACAAACGUUUAACCCUAAAGUUGUCUCUUCAGCUGUAAAUAUGGGAAGGAGAAGAUCGAUUCUGUAAGAAGACUCAGGCCACCCUGGUCAUGUGUUGGUGACCUACAUCUACAGUAAAAAUGGUUUGCUUGAAUCAAGACUCCAGUAAUGGCACAGUCGAGAGGAAUCUUGGGAUGGAUGGUGGAUGAUGAACGCGCUUUAGACUGACGGCCUCUGAAGUCUGGAACAGUCAAGAUGGAGGGCCCAGAUAAACUGCCUGGGCCACAAACGGAUGUUUGUCUCUCCAGCUCGUGGUUAAACAGAUAAAAAAAAAAAAAAAAAAAAAAAAAAAAAGGAUUCCUAUAAGUGAAGACUUUCAUUUUUACUAUUAGUGAUGUAUUUGCGGAAAUUUUUCUUAGUAACCUGAAAAACUUAAAGAGUUUUCUUUUUUCAAAUGUUCCUUGUUAUCAUUCUGAUAUGUUUUACACUGUGACCUCGUGGACUACUUUCUCUGAGACUUUCAUGUUCUCAACCAUAUGCUCAAAAUACAGCUCUGUGUUUCAAUUUUCA